AUGGCCAGCAUGGAUCUGCUCGACCAGAGGGAUGCUACUAUCCCCUACAACGGCACAGGAGAGAAGGGCGCCGAUCCUCUCGAAUUCGACGUCAAUCUCUGGUAUAAUGCAGGCGACAUUGCCUGGGUGGUGACGGCCACCGGUCUCGUUCUCCUCAUGAUUCCUGGAGUCGGUUUCUUCUACUCCGGACUCGCCCGUCGAAAAUCUGCCCUAUCCCUGAUCUGGCUAUCCAUCAUGGCCGUGGGCGUCACCUGCUUCCAGUGGUUCUUCUGGGGAUACUCCCUCACCUUCUCCCACACGGCCGGGCGCUUCAUCGGGGACCUCCGCAACUUCGGCUUCAUGGACGUGCUGGCGCGGCCGUCCGUGGGGUCGGACAGGAUCCCGGACCUUCUGUUCGCCGUCUACCAGGGCAUGUUCAGCGCCAUCACGGUGGCGCUGGCCACCGGGGCCGUGGCCGAGCGGGGUCGGAUGCUGCCCUGCAUCGUCUUCAUGUUCGUCUGGGCCACGGCCGUGUACGACCCGAUCGCGUGCUGGACCUGGAACCCGAGCGGGUGGUCGAACCGGAUGGGCGGGCUCGACUUUGCCGGGGGCACGCCGGUCCACAUCGCCUCCGGCUCCUCGGCCCUGGCCUACUCGAUGAUGCUCGGCAAGCGGAGGGGGCACGGCACCCACGAGCUCAACUACCGGCCCCACAACGUGACGCACAUCGUCGUCGGCACCGUCUUCCUCUGGGUCGGCUGGUUCGGCUUCAACGCCGGGUCGGCGCUGGCCGCCAACCUGAGGGCCGUCAUGGCCGCCGUGGUGACCAACCUGGCCGCCUGCGUCGGCGGCAUCACCUGGUGCGUCCUCGACUACCGCCUCGAGAGGAAGUGGUCGACCGUCGGCUUCUGCUCCGGCGUCGUGGCCGGCCUGGUCUGCAUCACGCCCGGCUCGGGCUUCGUGCCGCCCUGGGCCGCCGUCGUCUUCGGCCUCGUCGGCGCCUCCGUGUCCAACUACGCCACCAAGCUCAAGUUCCUGCUGCGCGUCGACGACGCCCUCGACAUCUUCGCCGUCCACGGCGUCGGCGGCCUCGUCGGCAACGUCCUCACUGCCCUCUUCGCCGCCGACUACGUCGCCGCCCUCGACGGCGUCUCCCGCAUCGACGGCGGCUGGCUCAACCGCCACUGGAUCCAGCUGGCCUACCAGCUGGCCGACUCCUUCACCGGCAUGGCCUACUCCUUCGCCGCCACCUGCCUCAUCCUCUUCCUGCUCAACCUCGUCCCGGGCCUGCGCAUCCGAGCCUCCGAAGACGCCGAGAUCCUCGGCAUGGACGACACCGAGAUCGGCGAGUUCGCCUACGACUACGUCGAGCUGACCAGGGAGGUGCUCAGCGAGGCUGAUCAGCACCAGGAGGUCGCCGCCGGCCCCGCCGCCAGGUACUCGGCCGAUCCGGCCGCGUUCCACAACCAGUUCCACCACCACGAUCAGCAGCAGCAGCAGGUCGAGAAGCAUGGCGUACCGUUAAUGUACGGGCCUGGGCCAUCGCUGACGCAUGGACAGUAA